AUGACCAACAAUAAUUCACAUGAAGUAGGUCGUGGAGCCUUUGGUGUUGUGUGCAAAGGAAAGUUACAGGAUGGUUCAGAUGUGGUUGUCAAGAUCCUAACCGAACCCAAAGAGAAUGGAGACAAAGAGAAUAGCGACGUGUUUAUCAGUGAGGUAGCAAGCAUCAGUAAAACUGCUCAUGUAAAUGUUAUUAAACUUUUGGAACUUUGCUUACAAAGAUGCAGAAGGGCUCUCAUUUACGAGUACAUGCCUAAAGGAUCACUUGAAAAGUUCAUAUUCAUAAAUCGUUCAAAAACUACUCGUGACUUAGCAUGGGAAAAACUGCUCCAAAUUGCUAUAGAGAUUGCUUGA